UGCCAGUGUCCAUCAGUGCCGCCAGUCAGUGUCCAUUAAUGCCACCAAUCAUGCGCCCACUAGCCCCGCCCACCCGUUCCCAGCAGUGCCCCCACCUGUGCCCAGCAGUGCCCCCACCUGUGCCCAGCAGUGCACCCACCUGUGCCACUCUGCAGUGCCACCUACCUGUGCCCAGAAGUGCCACCUACAUGUGCCCAGCAGUGCCACCCACCUGCCACCCACCUGUGCCCACCAGUGCCACCCACCUGUGCCCACCAGUGCCACCCACCUGUGCCCACCCACCAGUGCUGCCCACCAGUGCCACCCACCAGUGCAGCCCAGCAGUGCUG